UCCUACGCAAGGGAAGGGGCAUGUCGGAGAAAAAUUUCGAAUUCAUCUUCUCAGAUACUUCCAGUAUGGGCAUGAAAUUCUCAGUAGGUGUGCCAUAUUCCUCCACGACUACUGAGGAGGAUUUCCAGGAGCUUGAGCAGGAAUCUUCGGUGGACUCUUCCUCUACUCGUUGCAUUCUUCAAAGAAAACCGCGCAAGGGGAGGAAAAUGCUUCUGCACACACCUGGGAAUGUUUGUGGCUACGAUCCAGAGAAAUUUGGCAUUUGCAAUCGUAGCGUCUCUUUCUUAAAUCCAGUGCAAGCUCUCCGAAACCUACAGCAUGAAAGAAUGCACUCACCAGGCAUCAACGUUCAUUUCCGUUGUACUCAUCGCUUACAUGCGCCGAGCAUAAUUCGGUCGAAGCCAGCGAUAAAUCAUGCUGGCUCAGAGUUGCCUUUGUGUUCUCCGUCUGCUCCUUCAGACGAAAUUGAGCACCCGCAGAUCAAAGAGGGUUUAUACAAGACUGAGCUCUGUAGAUCUUGGGAGGAAACUGGUCACUGCAGAUAUGCAGCGAAGUGCCAGUUUGCGCAUGGUAACGACGAUCUUCGUCCUGUUCCCCGCCACCCGAAGUACAAAACAGAGUUGUGUAGAUCGUACACAGAAACUGGACUUUGCAGCUACGGCAAGCGAUGUCGUUUCAUUCACACCUCGGGUACUAAUACACAAGUCUUCCUCGAGUCGAGAAAUUUGGAGAAGAAAGGUUCAAGGAGAUUAUCAAUAUUUCAACAGUUAUCAGGAGCCGGUGAGAUGCCUCCAAGACAAGCUUGAAACGCUCCAAAGCUACUGUAAACAAUCACUUUUGAAUCAAAUUUUAAGGGUAGUUUUGUGUAAAUCGCUCCAGCUCGCCUCAGUUGCAUGUCUUCCACAAAUCGCACCUUCCUCAGUCUACUACUGCUCCACUCGCUCUGCUUCUCGACUAACGUCGGUGCUUUCUGUGGAUCCUAAUAUCUGAGUUUAUCCUAAUGAAAAAAAUUCAUAGGAGCUUUCUCGAUUACCCAAGUAUAUAGACUUUUUAGAAGUCUCAGAAGUGCGUUUCAGAGUAAGUGGC